AUGGCAACCCCAGCAGAACAGGCUCUUGACCUGAAAAACCAAGGAAAUGCAGCGAUUGCAAAGAAAGACUGGGCGACCGCAGUCGAACGCUACACAGAAGCCAUCGAACUUGAUCCGAGUAAUGUCGUAUUAUACUCAAAUCGAGCUCAUGCCCACAUAAAAAUGGAAGCCUAUGGGUUUGCGAUUGCGGACGCCUCCAAGGCGAUAGAGCUGGAUCCGGGAUAUGUCAAGGCAUACUAUCGCCGAGCACUUUCAUUAAUGGCUAUCGUUAAAAACAAAGAGGCCUUGAAGGACUUUAAGACUGUUUGUAGAAAAGCACCGAAUGAUAAGGACGCAAAGCUAAAAAUGCAAGAAUGUGAAAAGAUCGUAAAGAAGUUGGAUUUUCUUAAAGCUAUCGAGCAAGGAGAUCCACCUUCUGCCGCUGAAGGCUUGAAUCUAGACACCAUGGCUGUCGAGCCUGAAUACGAUGGUGUGCGUCUGGAAAAGGAGAUGACCAAGGAAUUUAUCACAGAUAUGAUUGAAAGAUUUAAGAACGGAAAGAAAAUACACAAGAAAUAUGCCUAUCAGAUCGUUCUGAAAGCAAAGGAAAUCUUUUACGCCGAGCCAACGAUGCCGGAGGUUAGCAUAGCGGAAGGAAAGAAGAUGACUGUUUGUGGCGAUACACAUGGUCAAUACUUUGAUCUUCUUGAGAUCUUCAACCGCAAUGGUUACCCCUCGGAAGACCACGCAUACCUCUUCAAUGGAGACUUUGUUGACCGCGGGUCCUGGUCUACGGAGAUUGCAUUCCUCUUGUUCUCGUACAAGUGGCUUUACCCGAAUAAUUUCUUCAUUAACCGUGGAAACCACGAGACGGAUGACAUGAACAGGGUUUACGGUUUUGAGGGCGAGUGCAAGGCCAAGUAUAACGAGCGCCUUUUCAAACUUUUCUCAGAGUCAUUUAGUGCAUUGCCGUUAGCCACUCUUAUCGGAGGAAAGUUUUUGGUGCUCCACGGAGGCCUGUUUUCAGAUGACAAGGUCAAUUUGGAUGAUAUCCGGAAGUUGAACAGACAUGCAAGAAAACAGCCUGGCCAAGAGGGAUUAAUGAUGGAAAUGCUCUGGACUGAUCCACAGACGAUGCCUGGCCGCGGACCCAGUAAACGUGGUGUUGGUAUGAUGUUUGGACCAGAUAUUACUAAGGCUUUCUGUGAAAGAAACGGCUUGGAAGCUAUUAUUAGGAGCCACGAGGUUCGCAUGGGAGGUUACGAAGUCGAGCACGACGGACGCUUGUUCUCCGCUCCGAACUACGUAGACACGUCCGGAAACAAGGGCGCCUACAUCAAUAUCGGCCCUGAUUACAAACUUCAACACAAUGUCUUUGAUGCUGUUGAACAUCCCCCUAUCAAGGCAAUGGCAUACGCUCAGAGUCCACUCAUGUCAGGAAUGUAA